AUGAAGAUGGGAAAAAAAUUGGGUAGAAUAGUAUUUAUUUAGAGAAGAAAAUGUAAAUAUAAUUAAUUAAAAUUAGAGGAGGGGGUUAUUUUAAUGAUGAUGGAUUAAAAACUGGAAUUAAUUGAAUCAUAUUCUAAUUUUAUGAGUGGUUAGUGGAUUGAAGCACACGAGCAUUAAUUUAAGUAUUUAAUUGUUUUCAAUUUCAACUUUGUUAAGGAAUAUUUGUUGGCUCAUAUUAAAAUGCGGAAAAUGGGAAACUUUGCACAAGCAACUAGGAAAUAUGAAUUAUAUUGUAAUUGGCGGAGGAGUUUAUGA